CUUUUAGAGUUAUCUGCCCCUGAUACCGGAAGUUGAGAAGCGAUUGUGAAAACAUGAACACGUGUUUGUUAAAACUUCAGAUUUGCACUGUUUGGGACUGACGAAGUGAAAUUCGCUUCCAGUGAAAAAGAACAUUAGAUAUGCCAAAAGUAAAGCAAGACAAGAAAAGUCGCCAGCACCAACAAAUUCAAAAAACAAGGCAUCACCUUCAAGCAUGACUUCGGCCAGCAUAUCCUCAAGAACCCUCUGGUUGUGGUCAGUAUGGUGGAAAAGGCUGCACUGCGUCCAACUGAUGUGGUGCUGGAAGUUGGACCCGGUACAGGCAACAUGACAGUCAAGCUGCUGGAGAAGGUUAAGAAGGUGGUGGCUUGUGAGAUUGACCCCCGUUUGGUGGCAGAGCUGCACAAGAGAGUUCAGGGAACACCCCAGGCCAGCAAGCUGCAGGUGAUGGUGGGAGAUGUCCUCAAGACAGAGCUUCCAUUUUUUGACAUCUGCGUGGCCAAUCUCCCAUAUCAGAUUUCAUCUCCCUUUGUCUUCAAACUACUUCUACACAGACCCUUCUUCAGAUGUGCCGUUCUGAUGUUUCAGAGAGAGUUUGCUCAGAGAUUGGUUGCAAAGCCAGGGGACAAACUCUACUGUCGACUGUCGGUGAACACACAGCUUCUGGCUCGGGUUGAUAACCUGAUGAAGGUUGGCAAGAACAAUUUUCGACCGCCCCCCAAAGUUGAGUCCAGUGUCGUCAGGAUAGAACCCCGGAAUCCUCCACCACCAAUAAACUUCAAGGAGUGGGAUGGUCUGGUGAGAAUCUGCUUUGCAAGGAAAAACAAAACCAUUGGUGCUGCCUUCAAAUACACCAAAGUAUUGAAUCUGAUGGAGAAAAACUACAAGAUUCACUGUUCUGUCAAUAAUAUAACAAUACCAGCUGAUUUUGACAUCAAGGAAAAAGUAGUGAAGAUUCUUGAAGAAAAUAGCUUCGACAAGAUGCGAGCCCGCAGUAUGGAUAUUGAUGACUUCCUGGCGCUAUUAAACAGUUUCAACAAGGAUGGCUUCCAUUUUUCAUGAUGUGAGAUGUGGUUCCAAUAUUGUCUUAUGCAAGAUGAACCACAGGAAUAGCGUCGGAAUAUUACUGACUGCGGCAUUAAACAACAAACAAAUUCUUGUGAGAGGUGGUUCUGUGAAGCAGUGUGAACACUGUUGGUGAACAGUGAACCUUCAUUUGUUUGUUUCAGUGAACACUGGACACACUAUAACGAAAAGCAUGAAUGCCUGAUAUUAGCUGGGAGAAUUCUUCAGUUCUUGCUGUGAAGCCUGUGUCCAGGAAUCUCAGACCCUGAAUAUUGUGAAAUGCUUUUGAUUGUCGACAAUGGUGGUAGUGAGUGUGACCAGAUUAUGAUGUAUUCCAUUACUGUGAAAUCCUAGUGUCUAUGAGUGGACUGUAUCAGGAGCUUGUAUACUGGAUGGUGAUGUAAUGGAUGCACUGUAAGGAAGACACAAAGCCGGUACAUGGAUUCUAUAAACACUUGUUUAUUUGGUCAGUGCCAGAAAAUAAAUAUGUAUGUACA